UUCAUCUCUUUUAUUUUAAGACAAGAAUAUACAGACAGUGUUUGUACUGUGUCCCCCGCAGAUAAAACACAGUCCUCGCAUUCCUCGUGAAAUCUAUCUGUCGAGAUUUGGGAGGGGUGGGCGCCAGGUGUUGGGUUACAUCGGAGGCCCCUCCCUUUUUCUAUCCGGACCCGGGGAGAGAGAGAGAGAGAGGGGAGAGAGAGGGAGGGAGAGAGGGAGAUUGCUCGGUGGCACCACCAGCACCAGCAGCAGCAGCAGCAGCAGCCAGCCAGCCAGCCAGCCAGUCAGCCAGCCAGUCAGCCAGCCAGCCAGCCAGCGCGCACGCAUGUUCAGUUGACUUCAAUGGGCUCCGCUCCGGAUGACGGCUUCAGACGUCUGGGCAGUGACAGCCGCUGUCACCGGGAGUGACAGCUUUCGCCCCGCGCUCCCCGGCCAGCCUGAAGAGUGACGCGCCGUCGAGUCCGUCGGCCGCCGAACAGUGACACGGACCCCGCGGGAGGACUAUGCCAGAGAUGGAGAAAGGGAGACCGCCGGAAAACAAACGAAGCAGGAAACCCGCGCACCCCGUCAAGAGGGAGAUCAACCAGGAGAUGAAGACUUUUGCCGAGAGCACCAUGAACGAGCUCCUCGGCUGGUACGGCUACGACAAGGUCGAGCUCCGGGACUCGGAGGCCAGCGAGAUCCGCAACUACAGAGAAAGACGUCAGCAUGUGUCUGUGCUUAAAGAAAACUCGUUGCCAAAACCAAAGGGCCCGGACAGCAAAGUCAGCCACACGGUCCUGGCCAUGAAGAGUGCGGAGAGAGAGUCCUCCAGCGUCCCCUCCUCGUCUUCCUCCUCUUCCUCUCCCAGCUCGUCGCUGACCAGCCCCAAGGAGCACAAGAGUGCCCCGGUCAUUGUUCCCCUCAUAAAGCCAUCCGCAGUGGAGGACGUUCAAAAUGUGCAGAUAGUGUGUGUGUGGUGUCAGAAGGAGGGCGUGAAGCGCUACUCGCUUUGUAUGGGUUCAGAACUCAAGAGCUUCUGCAGCGAGAAGUGUUUCGCCGCCUGCAGACGAGCCUACUUCAAACGCAACAAGGCCAGAGAUGAGGACCUUCACGCUGAGAGGUCCCCCCAGCACCACCAUACUGAGGACUCCCCCCGGCUGGUGUUGAAGAUAAACAGCAAUGUCAGAUCUCUGUCCCCUGUGCCACAGGUGUGUGAUUGGUGCAAGCAUGUCCGCCACACCAAAGAGUACCUGGAUUUUGGAUCUGGUGAUGAGAGGCUUCAGUUCUGCAGCACCAAGUGUCUGAAUCAGUACAAGAUGGAUGUUUUCUACCGAGAGGCCCGUGCGGCUCUCAUCAGCACUAGUGCCAGCCCGAGCAGAGCUAGCCAAGAGGGGAGGGUGGAAGGCAGCACCCCAGGGCAGAAGCUACUCACCCCCGAGUCAUGGAACAACAGUGGCAGCACUGGGGAGAUCCGUCACAGAAAUCUUUCCCCUAAGGGGCCCACACCUAUCCACGGAGCAGCAGCAUCAACCUCUGUCUCCCCUUCAGAGGCCUCCUCAUCCUCCUCCAAGGUCCCUGUUUCGGGGAUGAGGUCUCUGGAGAGGCCCUCCCACCCUCCUCACCCUCCCAGCAUCAUGGAGGUUUCACCACACCCUGCUCCCCUUCCUCAUCCUCUUCCUCAUCCUCCUCCUCGUCCCUCUUUGGAACACCAGCCUGUGCCUCAAAUCCCGAUGCCCUUCAUCAGACCUCCUCUUCAUGCUCAGGGCCUGAAAAGUCCCCUUGCUAAUCCCCCAAGACACCCAGGCCCCGCUUCUAGCCCCAUCCAUCGGCCUUCCCAUUCUCCUCACCUGCAGCCCCCAACAGCCUCUUCUAUGAACCCGCCAGGACUGAUGCAUCCCUUCCCAGGGGCCUACUUCCCUGGUUUGCACUCCCCUCCUCUUAACAUGAUGCCAAGAGGUCCUGUCCCUAUGCCUCCUAUCAUGAACUUUGGGAUUCCUUCCUUUAGUCCGCUCCUCCCCCAACCCACCGUACUGGUGCCUUACCCCAUAAUUGUUCCCCUACCGGUCCCCAUUCCCAUUCCUAUCCCCAUUCCCAUCCCCUCUAAGGCGACCCUAGAGACCCCAAGUCACAGUGGGGUCAUCCAGCCUGUGCCAGAGGGGGUAGACAGGGGGAGAACCAGAACCAUCAGGCAGCAUUCUCCGGGAAUCUCCGCAGGGGACAGCAGACAGGUAGCCAACAAACUGGACAGAGCCUCUGCUCAGGGUCUCUCUUCACCUGGAGACACUAGCACAAGGGACACAGAUUGGGUUAAAUCAGAACGACCCUUCUCCUCCCCGACAUCCACGCCCCAUAGUGGGACAUGCUCUCCAGUGUCAGGGCUCGGCUUGGAGGGACAGACAGAUUAUAAGAUCACCCAGCAGGAGCAGCAGCAACCAGAGCGACAGGUCAUCCAGAGGGUGCUCCAAAGAACCCAAGUCAAACUGGAGCCCAAUGCUAAUGGAGUGGUAGACUUAUCAGGGCUGGGAGAGUCAGGAAUUGGGCAAAGUAACAGUAACAGCAGCAGAUCAGGGCUGCACCACAUCGUCAAUGCCAGCCCUUCUCUACCACAGUCCCCCUCCCACGAUACUGCCUACCACCACCAAAACUCCAAUACGCCACCAUCACAUCUCCUACCCAGCCCUGGAGGGAGGAGCUCACCCUAUGAUGCCGCAUCCUCUGCCCUGGCGUCCCAGGACCACAGUCCAAUUGGAGUGGCUCCAUCCGCUGCCGCUAUCAGUCCAGACUCCUCCCUAUCCCAGAGAGCAGCUCUGCCCCCUGACCCCGUACUCAGCGAGCUGGAGGCCAUCAAAGAGAAUAACUGCUCUGUGGUGGGCCCUGUCCGUGUUGAGGGCCCAGCCAGCCAAUCAGAGGAACCCUUAGCCAUAGUUGGGGAGGUGGGAGAAGACCCCCAUGUCCCUGAUGAGGAUCAUGCUUAUGCUCUGCCCACAGCGCCAAAAACGGGGGGGACCACCACAGCACUGCUCUUGCCCAAACUCAGGGAUAAGGGUGCCCUGCGAAGCCCUCCAAGUUUGCCUGGGGUGGGAGACAUGGAGCCGGCUCUAAAGAGGCGAUGUCUGCGUAUCCGAGAUCAGAAUAAGUAGAGGAUGGAGGUGAGCAAGACUCCCUGUUUAACACUGUACUGUGGUGCCAGAUCCAGUGCCACGCCCUCUUGUGACCACACCAGCGCUUACACUCUCCGGCCUGUUACACAGCCCUGCAGCCCACCGGAGUCUCGAUGUGCCUGCAGCCCAGCGGGACGCCAAUCCAGGAAGCAGUCCAGAUGGCCAUGUCAUCACAAGUCAACACGGGACGGGGGGGGACGGGGGUCUGGAUCACCAAGAACACAGCACAGUCAGACGUAUUCUCUUGGACCAAAGAGUUGUAUUGGCCAGUUUGCUAUGUAGCCCCGAGCGAGCGUGUGAUGCGGGACAUCCCUGGACCUCACCCAGUCCGAGACAUCUUCCCAGAAAAAUUGAGUGUGCAUGGUGCCCAUGCAAGUGCGGCUGCCCAGAUGUGCCCCCCCCUCCUCCUCCUCCAUCCCUCUCCCUCCCUUUGCCGCGUACAGCAGACAGGACUCUGAUCAGCCUUGUGUGGUCUUCUCAGAUGGAGGCUGAACACGAUCCCUUUCCAGGGGAAACGGUUUGUUUUCUCUGCCCGGCUUGCACAAAGAGCCACAUUGUUCCUCUCCCCAUAUCCCACGCAGACUCCCCCACUCUAGGUUUUAGGUUACCUGGCCGACGGGAGCUCAGACUUCAGGAGCUCUUUCAUUUUUUUCGACCGAGCGCCAGGAAUAUCUCCUCUCCACCGCCUCCCCUCCAUCUCUCCGCCCAAUCUAAAUAUGGUGACACACAACACGGCCGGGUUCCUUUCAACCCGUUGCCUGUGAUUUCCCUUCGAGGGAGGGGGGGGGGCGUCCUGCCGAGAGGAGAGGACUUCAUCCUACAGCAGGUUGCCUACUGAGUGGAGCGAGUCUCUCCGGAGGCCCCGGUGCCACAAAGCAAUCUCUGAGGAGAGAGGAUGCUCUCUCUGCUUCCUCAUUGCCAUGUAGAGACUGUAUGGACAGGAGGGUGUGUGUGUGUGUGUGUGUGUGUGGGGGGGGGGGGGUUGGUCCGGCUGGCAUAGCUGAGAUGUAAAUGGCAAUGUGUGCAGAAGGUGGCCAGUGUUCGUAAUGACACCGGUCUAUAGAUGCAUGAGCUCCAGACCUGUCCUUGCCAUUUACCUGAGCUGCCAAACAUCUUAUAAAGAAAAAAGAAAUUAGCUUCAGAAUCACUUGAAUGGAGAAGUACAAUAAAUUUGCCUGGCGAUGUAUUCCUGCACAUUUAUUGCACAUGCUAAUUGCAGUCACUCUGGUUCUAAUUUUGUGUUGUCAGCUCUGAUCAGACCAUUUUGGGGGAAAGCAGGCCGGUUAUAUUACCAAACGUGGUGUUAUGUUCGACCAUCGAUGGCUGCGGUAUGCAGUAAUCAGUAUUACAGUUCCCUCUAACGGGGAUAACUAAUGAGAUUUUAUCCAGCUAGCUCCUUUUAGAGGCUUUAACUCUCAUCCCAAUUGUAAGAUUUGUUUUAGUUGAACUCUACACAGAUGCUACUUUGACAUUUUAUUAACUUAUGGAUGAAACUUCUGUAAAUUUAAAAAAAAAAAGAAGUGCUUUAUUUGUUGAUGUUUUUCCUCUUUAGAUGAUUGUAUUUGUGAGUGCUUAAGCUUUAACUGCCCCGAGUCUAAAUGUUUGCAUACUGUUUGUCCACUAGAGGGCAGUGUUUGCCUUUGGAACUUUGCACCUGCCUGUUCGUUUGCGCUAGCAAAUGGUUAACGUGAUAGGCGCCGAGAGGCCUAUAACUAAUCUGUUGAGUCCUUUGCAAUUAUGCACGAUACAACAUUUCAGUCGAUGCCAAAUGAUGAUUGACAUUUCAUGCCAAUUAGAUAAUGGUGCUAACUCCAAACACCAAUCUACCAAACUAGCCACUGAACACUAUUAUUAUUUGUUGCCGCCAUCAUAUUAUUCUGACAUUACCAUUUUUAUUUUUUUUAUUUUUUCAGUUUCUGGCUUAACUACCAUAGCCUACUAUAAUAGCAGUUCAAUACAAUGGAAACACAACCUAGGGGUGCAGUCACAUGACCCAGAGAGCCUCUCUUCAACUGCCCCCCCACCCCCCGGGAUAGUCAUCAUUACCUUCCCCCCCAGAAUAACUCCUAAUUUUACCCACCCCGGCCAUUAUAGAACUGCAUUCCAAGACCACAUGUCAGUCACUUUGUUUGUUGUGUGGGUGGGUGGGUGUGUGUGCGCGCGCGCGCGCGCUCGCACGGGUGUGUAACAGCAACACAUUUAUCUCUUAUUCCCACUUCCGGCCCGCAUCCUCACCAUAUAGGUUACGCCAUUGAACCACUGUCAUCCACGGCUGGCCAGGGGUCUGUGUCAACAGCUCGUGUGACUCAGUGGUGACGUCAGCCUGGAUGCGAAUAGCUGCAGCAUCAGUAGACGAUCUUUCAUCUUAACCCCGGAGGCCAAAGGGACAAUUGGGACUGCUGUUAUUGAUUAAUUACAUACCACGUGUUUCUUAGUCAAAUGUUUUGUCAAAUACUCGGUGUCAAGUACUGUCGUUGCUGCCCGAAACUCGUCAUGUGUGGCUCUCCUCUCCAACGUGUAGCGUAUAGAGUCUGAAAGGUUUGUUUAACAAAUAAAAAAAACACAAAAAACAAAACAAAAAAGUUUGUAUUUGAAGACAAAUUCAGUAACCGAGUGUUGGCGGAGACCUAUUUGUAAAAUAAACAAAUAAAAAAUAUUCUAAGAGCUACAGACGGUAUCAUAUACUUGGCUGCUUUCUCUGU